UACACCCGGAGUGUUCCCCAGGCUGCUCCACUACCCCCAUUUCCUCGUCUGCAACCUCCAAGAAGUUUCGAUUGCCACCACGAUUUCCUAAUUAAGCUAUGGCUCCUACAUCUCCUGCAUUGGUUCAUACAGGGGCUGCAGAACCAGCACGAUCAAAGGUUGAUCUCAAUCACAUUCCUCGCCCUAUCCCAAGUUCCAUAGUGAUUCUACUUGAGAUCCGUCAGGGCAAUCAGGCAAACCCUCCUCCACCUGCAACAAGUGAUUAUAUCAUCAAAGACACUGGGAAUUGCAGUCCACGAUUAAUGAGGUGCACUAUUAAUCAGGGAUGUGCCACACUGCUGAGCCCUGCCUCCAUUCUUUUUCCAAAUCAGCUUGAAGUUUUACUAGAAGAAUGUCGUAUUCUAACUACGGUUGUGGAUUUUUGGGAAAGUGGCCCUGUUCGUUGUUCUCGCUGUAAAGGCUCAUGAAUCCAUUCAUCAAGUUUUUUGAUCAAUGCAGGCAUGUCAUUUGUAAUUUGUGUUGUGAGUACCUUUUUGUUCAACACCAAUGUUAUACUCAAAGACGGAUUAUCAUUUAGGCUGUUAAGGCAUGUUUUCAAGAUUUUUUAGUCCUGGUAAUUUAUUGGGGUUUGACUGUGAGGUUGCCAUGUUUAUUCUUGAAUGGUUGAAGCACAGGGAAUAUGGAAGUUAAUAUGCACAUUGGAGAGUCUUUUACAAGAAAAGGGCAUUGGAUUUCUGAAUCCUAAAGCCCCCUAAUGCUAUGUUCUGAGUUGUGUGACUCAUUGGUUUUUUAGGGUUAGGAUUAAAAAAGGACCAGCCCCAUAGUAUGAACUAAUAACCAGCUCAUCACUUCGUAUUAUCUGGAUAUAAAGAAUCAGUAAAGAUAUGAUAAAUCAGUCAUAUCUUUGUAGCAACUGAAAUUUUUUUUUUUUGCUUAAACUUUAAUUAGAAGUUGUAAAACAAAAUGAAAGAAGUAAAGGUGUGGAUAAAUGGAAGGAUGAGAGAGAGAGAGAGAAAAAAAGUAUAUCAAUGAUAUAGAAUUCCAAUAUGUAAGGUCUACGAGUCAAAAAAUGGAUUUUUGUUCAAGAAUGAAAUCUUAUUGGAACUGUCCAUAUCCGGUUCAUCCUUCGAAACCCUAUCACACCCCGGAUCUGAUGAAAUAGGAUGAAUUGAGACUAGUAUUUUGUAAAUACGUAAUUAUCUUGAAUAUAUUAACCAUUUCUUUAUUUUUCGAUCGCCUGGAUAGACCCUGGGAGAGAAUUCUGAUUGGUCAAUAAAAAUCGAUUUCAAUGCUUUUUUUUUUUUUUUUCCUGAGUUUAUCCAAUUUAUCGUGAAAGGUAAGAGGGGAUAAAGGAACCGUGUGUUGAUUGUCCUCUAAAGGUAAGUUUUAUUGGGAUUAUUAACAGUACCCUUUUUAGAGAAUGUUAAUAAAUUCCAAAAUCCAUUUCACCGUCCAGUAGCAACAACCGUCUUUUUGAUUGGUACUGCAGUCGCUCUUUGGUUGGGUAUUGGUGCAGCAUUACCUAUUGAUAAAUCCCUAACUUUAGGUCUUUUUUAAUUUGAUUCAAUUGUGAUAUAACACGACGUGUGUAUCUAGGGAAUAGUCGCUUGAAAGAGAAUUCUCCCUAGAUACAUCUAUUCAAUUCUCAAUUUCUUUCGAAUAUAUGAAUUGUGCUAAAGAUUCAAAACCUAUUUUCAUCUUAAUGAAAAAAAAAAAAAGACGAAAAAAAAAUCCAAUAGAUUUAAAACUUCUUUUUUGGUAAAUCAAUUGCAAAAUAUUUUUCUAGAAUGACCAAUAUCUGUUUCAUAUCUUCUAGGCGCAAAUGUUCAAUUUUCAUGAGAUCUUCCAGACUGUUAUUCAAAAGGUCCAAUAAUGUAUAUAUAUCAGACUUUUUGAGGCAAUUAUAAACCCUGGGAGAGAAUUCUGAUUGGUCAAUAAAAAUCGAUUUCAAUGCUAUUUUUUUUCCUGAGUUUAUCCAAUUUAUUGUGAAGGGUAAGAGGGGAUAAAGGAAUCGUGUGUUGAUAUGCUUCAAAAGGUGCAUGUACGGUUCCCAAGGGAUACAAUUUUACCCUAAUUAACCGACUUUAUCGAGAAAGAUUACUUUUUUUAGGCCAAGAAGCUGAUAACGAGAUCUCGAAUUAACUUAUUGGUCUUAUGGUAUAUCUCAGUAUCGAGGAUGAUACCAAAGAUCUAUAUUUGUUUAUAAACUCUCCUGGCGGAUGGGUAAUACCUGGAGUAGCUAUUUACGAUACUAUGCAAUUUGUGCGACCAGAUGUUCAUACAAUAUGCAUGGGAUUAGCCACAUCAAUGGGAUCUUUUAUCUUGGUUGGAGGAGAAAUUACCAAACGUCUAGCAUUCCCUCACGCUUGGCGCCAAUGAGGUUUUUUUUAUUUGAGAGAAAAAAGAA